GAAUUUAAUCUAUUAAACGUUUAUCUUAAUAAUUUUGUGUUUAGUUUUGGUUCCCUAAACCAGCUCAGAGCCCCGCUCCUCACCGCCAGGAUCGGCUUUGAACUGUUCGUCGUAUCCAGCAUCAUCUGCACGCAGCAUCCCCUCCCGCGCGCCGCACUCUCGCAACACCUGUGAGGAGAGGAAGAGCGCGCGAGCGGAGUAUGCUGCCACGUGCCGCACGUCUCGCGCUCAGCCAGUUUCUGCCUUGGACAGUAAACGAAGCGGCGCGCGAGCUCACACAGCAGGCGAAGUUGCGUUACGAACCCGCGAUAAAGUGGACGGACUGACCGCAAACACAGCACGACGUGCAGAAGGAGAAGGGAACGUGUUGCUUUUUUCCUCCCCUGAAGAAUCUGCUUUACCAAGCUCCGCUCUCCGCCAGCUGCGCUCCGCAGCUGCUGAGGCUGCGGCAUGAGCCUAUGCGGCAGGAAGGCGCUGACGUUGCUGAGCAGCGUGUUCGCCGUGUGCGGCCUCGGCCUGCUGGGGAUCGCCGUGAGCACCGACUACUGGCUCUACCUGGAGGAGGGCGUCAUCCUUCCACUCAACCAGAGCACCGAGAUGCGCAUGUCGCUUCACUCUGGCCUCUGGAGGGUUUGCUUCCUCGCUGGUGAAGAGAAAGGCCGGUGUUUUACCAUUGAGUAUGUGAUGCCUACUAACGUCCAGAUAACGUCUGAGUCCACCGUCAGUGUGCUCAAGAUGAUCCGCUCUGCUACUCCGUUUCCUCUGGUCAGCCUCUUCUUCAUGUUCAUCGGCUUCGUGCUCAGCAACAUCGGCCAUAUCCGACCGCAUCGCACCAUCCUGGCGUUUGUUUCCGGAAUCUUCUUCAUCCUCUCAGGUCUGUCUCUGGUCGUCGGUCUGGUUCUGUACAUCUCCAACAUCAACGAUGAAAUGUUGAACAGGACGAAAACGAAUGAGGCUUACUUCAGCUACAAGUACGGCUGGUCUUUUGCGUUCGCCGCCAUCUCCUUCCUGCUGACAGAGACGGCGGGCGUCAUGUCGGUGUACCUGUUCAUGAAGCGAUACACGGCGGAGGAAAUGUACCGGCCCCAUCAGGGCUUCUACCAGCCCCGCCUCAGCAACUGCUCAGACUACUCGGGCCAGUUCCUCCACCCGGACGCCUGGGCGGGGCGUGGCCGCAGCCCCUCCUCCAUCUCCUCCGAGGCCUCCCUGCAGAUGAACUCCUCCAACUACCCCGCCCUCCUCAAAUGUCCAGAGUACGAACAAAUGUCCUCCUCACCCUGCUGAGGCGCAGCAACGCCGCUCUACGCUAACACCCAUGGGGGAGGGUUGAUUUUAUUUAACUUUUUUCUGCCCACGUUUUGGCAUUUAGUUGUCAAAUAAUUUGAUAUCAUCCAUUUUGAAAUCCUCGCUUUGGAUGCUUGUAACAUUUCUCUUUGCUCUCUCGACUGCUCCGUUCGUAGCUUUGAGUUUUGGGUUUGAAAGAAGCAAAGCAUGAGGUUACGCCAUGUGCUUCGGAUGAAAGAGGAAGGUUCAACUCCAGCUCUGUUAUUUAAUGACUCAUGCAGACUUUGCAUGUUAGACACACACA